AGUUUUGCACGAACUUCCGAUCCCUCUGGUGGCAUUAGCCCGAUUAUACGUGAACGCAAUACGCAUGCGCAAAUAUGUGUGUAGAAGAACGUAGAAGUUUCGCGAAACCGGUGCCACUUCAGCCCGGAAAACGAUUAUUAGUACGGGACACGCCGCCACUUUGUAUGCGUGGUUCGUUUCGAGAGGGAAAGUUACGUUAUUUUCGGAUGUCGUCUCUCGUACUCACCUGGCACACGUUUUGCGCGAAAGUCUUCGUAACGCUUUGAUGCUUUGUCGAGGAGUUUAAUCGCUGUAACUCGAGAUACGUAGCGUUUGGAAACGCCAAUGGAUGGCUAUGCUCAAACGAAUGUGCUUGUGCAAUGUUCAGCUACUUUGAAUUAUAGGAGAAAUUUGCUUAGAACUUUGAGAGAGACUUAUUUUCGAAUAAAGUUUACUUUCAGAUUAUUUGGUAAUAAUUCAGUUAGAUAGCGGAUAAAUUUUUAGGUUAGCUUGUGCGGAAAUUUGUAUCGAUGUAAACACGAAGGUUUCUCUUAUUCUUCAAUUCAAAAAUUCUUUUAAUAAGAACUAAAAUCGCAUACACAAAUCUUGUAGCGAGAACGCUAAUUUUAAAAUUAAAUCGAGAAAUCCAACUAAGGCGAAAGUAACCACAAAAUCGCAAGAGUUAAUCGCUACGUUCCAAGAAAAUCGGUUCCUUGGGUGUCGUACGACAGAACCGACAGUAGCCUUCUCUCUCCGAGGAUGGUCAUGCACGGUGAGUUUACGAUCAAGAAAGGAACGAGGGAAAGAGAAGAGGAGGAUGUUUUAUGUAUUCGUUGCACGAGCGCCGUUUAUUGUUACACCACACCUAACGGCCAGGCCCGAAAUUGAUGACAAUUGCGCGCUGGAAAGGAACACGCCGCGGAUGAAUCAUCUCCUGCGUUCUUUUCCUCCCUGUGCCCCGACCUCUUUGUCUUUUCUGGGACCAAUGACUCGACCAUGUACCAGAAUUAACCGUGAUUUCUCCGGAAGACAGGAUCGAAAACGUCGGCUCUAUUUAGCCCUGUCAUCGUAUGUCAAUUAUACGAAUCUCUGUUGGAUCAGUUUAGUAUGGUAUGUUAGCUUUGAUUAUUUUUCUUUGUCGUUAAUCUUCUCAUGAACAUAUCAUUUUUAAUUGCAAAUAAUUUAACCGCAAAAAAAUUCAAAAGCAUCAACUUUACAACAAACAUAUAUUAAUCUGAGGAUCGACACGUACGGUAUUAAAAUCGAAGUCAGCUAUAUCCACGAAACUCUUUUAAACCGAGUACGUAUUAGAAUUUUCUCCAUUCCUACAUGAUGCAUGAUAUUUAUCAGACGCAAGAAAAUCGAGAUUUUUGCUUUGCACGAAGAUAGGUCAAUGAUGUGUCGUAUCGUGUUUACGUCUCGGAAGAAAGAACAGGAACGUCCACGAAAGAAGGUGAAAUGGAAGAAAAGAAAAGAGGACUCGACGAUAGCUGGCGCGAUGAUACGAUCUCUCAUCAGCAAUAUGAAGCUAACAAAGCUCGACUGUACUUUUGCUUUCUUUAUGCGAGACAAAAGCACGUUUGCCGCGGGAAUUCGACAGCGGUUCCGAUUAAAAAAUUACGUUCGACGCCGAUAAAUAUUUUAUCCCAGAUUAAAUGGAAAAUCAUGUUGGCCGGUGCCCAUUGUCCAAUCUACGAUCCUUGUUCACUUUCGCGUUGUCGUCACCACCGUGCUCGUCGUCGUCGUCGUCGUCGUCGUCGUCGCCGUCGUCGUGGUUCUCGUCGUCAUGAUUCCUCUUUGCCCGUUUCCUCUUUGUCCUCGAUCGACGAUUCCCGAGGUCCUUUAAUAACGACCAUCGGUGAUUUAUCGACAACGCCAGGAAGAGUGGUCCGCCGCAGCGCCAGAUUCCCAGAUAGAUGGACACGGUUGGGAACAGUUGGCUAUAAAACGACGAAAUAAUGAUGGUGCAUCAACUUUCUCCUCAACUUUCAAAUCAUUCAUAAUUGAACCAGAACAGACUCUAAUUGAAAGUAUCAUAUCGAGUGAACAAAAAGGAAUAUCCACUUCCGUAUCCUGAACUUCCGAUGGAAUCCUCGUUAGACACGUGGUGAAAUGAAGAAAAGGAAAUUCCUUUCCCCCGGAAACCGGUCAAGGGAAUCUCAACAGAGACGAUAUCAUACGAUCUUUACAUGGAAUUUUCGUUUUCCUCAGAUGUUAAUCAGCUAUUCUAUUGACUAUAACGAUCGCGAUAAAACGAUGAUAACUAGA